UUCAGAACUGAACAAACAUGGUGGCGAGUGGACAUCUGUCAAAACUGUGGACUACAACAAAUUGAUGUUUUUCGUAUUUUGGAUUAAAUUCCAGGAAUAUAUUUAGGAGAUGCCGUCGGCAGGUGUGCGGGUAUCAGUGAGUGAAGUGCUGGAAGUGAGGGCAGGGCCUCUCACUGACUGGGAAAUAUGGGCACUUCUCAACAGGGCCUCACACACUCUCACACAGGCAUUCCAUGCUGGAUCAGCUGUGACGGAGCUUGGUCCAGUUUUCGUGAUCAACCCUGACACAGUCAACCUGACAUCGGGGGGAUCAAUAGAAUUUGGGACAACCCACAGAGAGCAACAGUACGCCAACUACAUGGCACCAGAGAUGGAAGAACCGGAGUUUACCAUCUCUGAGUCGACUGUAGAAGGAGUGUACAUGUUUGCGCUGGGAAAGUCCAUGAUAUAUUCCUCAGAAUAUGCGCUCAGUGCAGAUGAGCUGAAAUCUAGGCGGGAAAUGUCAAAGCCGGUAAGGAUCAGUGAUCACCUAGAAGGUGUAUUGAGAGGGAUGACGCACAGGGACCCCUCUCGCAGAACAAUGCUUCGUAAGCUAUCUGAGGCUUGCGAAGCUCAGAAUGAGCGGGAAAGGCGGGGGUUACGACGGAGUUUCUCCCGAACCGUGACCAACCUGUACCAGACCAUCCUCGGGCCAAUAGACAGCCAGGAGGAAGGUAUGCAGAUCAGUAUUCCACAAGUUCAGCUAGCAAGCAAAUCAGGUCGCCUGAAUAUUUCGCCACGUGAUUCAGCCACAAAACAAAAAGUUUCGCCUGGCAGCUCUUCGAGCCAUUCUUCGCGAGAAAGAGUGUCGCCAAGGGAAUAUGAUUUAUCGACGGAUAGAUCUGGAAGAAGAGAUGAUUUAUCAGGAGAUCGAUCAAGACGGAAAGAUAAGAAAUCACAUGAUCGAUCAAAUGAUCGAAUUCGGAGAAGACCUCAGUCCUCUCCGGAACAGUACAGGUCAAGGUCACGGUCGAGAAGUAGGUCAAGGUCACCUGUUAAACACAGGAAUCCUGGAAAAGAUUCAGAUUCUUCAGACUUGGAGGUUCACAGAAUCACACCAUUACAUCACAGUAAGCGAUCAACCAAUGAGAGUCCUUCCCUAGGUCACAUGACUAGCGGACAGGCCAAUGGAGGAUCGUAUCAUUUAUCAGACAUCACCUUUAGUGCCGCACAGAAUGGCCACCAGUCACAUCAUCAAUCAUCAACAUUGAACAACAGCAAACAUGGCCGCCCAUCGAACAGAAAUCCACCAUCACAGCGGUCAUUUGAGAAUGCGGCUUUCAAGAAGUACCUGAAGUUAAAAGAACGCCAGAAGAAACUGCGUGUGUUGAGGCACGACGUUAUGAGCGACGAAGCCUCGGAUGAGUUGUCGGACUUUGUCGCGGAUCACAUCUCAGAGACAAGAUCAGUGAGGUCAAUGGGGUCUGCAAAUUUAGGAGUUUUGGGAGUAUACCAACCUGACAUUCACAUGCGAUAUGGAUCCAGCUCUGCCCUUAAGUUUGGGCGUGAUUCUGACAGAGAAAGCGUUAUUAGUAGUGACGCCUCAGUUUAUGGAUAUGACCAUGUUCCCUUCAGGGCUACAGCAGACAUCAGUGACCCUUACAUAGAACAGCUACAGAGACUUACCCAGAAUGCACCGGCUGUCAAUCAACCAGUCAAUCAGGCUGUCAGCCAGUCAGCUCCUCCCACUAAUGCUCCACCCACUUCCAAUAAACAAAAGCAAAAGCAGAAACCACCAUCUCCAAAACUGCAGAAACCCAGGGAUUUUUAUGGGCCUGAGUUUGUACACAAAUCCAGCAAGCCGUUACAAAGAAUUCCAAUACCUUUGCAAGGGGAUGGCGGGAAGAAUGCAGGUCAUACGUGUCGUGUUGUGGUCGUCCUGUUGAAUGGUCAGAAAUUAGAAGCCAUGGUCAACCCCAGUACAAUGGGACAGCAGCUAUUUGAAGCCGUCGUCACGGAGAUUGAACUGCCCGAGUUUUACUUCUUUGGGCUUACUUACAUUAACGACAAUGAGCAUUUCUUCCUGUCCGGUGAUACAAAACUCCACAAAGUAGGGCCGGAGGGUUGGCGAGACAGCUGGAAACGUGAGGCAGCACCUGUUACUUUCACGUUACAUCUACGGGUCAAGUUUUAUGUGGACAGCCUUUCUGCUCUGAAGCAAGAGACAUCUCGACAUCAGCUAUAUCUUCAGUUACGACGAGAUAUUCUUGAGGAGAGGUGCCUCUGCGAUGAGGACAGAGUUAUGGCCCUUGCAGGUCUUGCUAUGCAGGCUGAAUACGGAGAUUACAGCAAAGAAGCCAUGGGCAGGAACUACUUUAUUCCAGAGCACUACUUUCCAGAGAGAGUUGUAAAACGGCUGGGGACUUCUUACAUGCGAGAUCAUGCCCCGGAAUACCACAAACAGCACACUGGCUUGUCAGAAGUGGAAGCUCAGAUGGAAUUUAUCAGGUUCAUGCAAGAAGAGGUUCAAGAAUAUGGAAUCCAUUUCCAUAAAUUGUUGAAGAAAAAAAGUGAGACUCAGAAUGUCAUCUGGGUUGGCGUGAACAUGAACCAGCUUGUGCUGGCAGAGAAUUCAGGGGGUCAUGGGGGUGAGCGAAUCCUUGUGCAUGGCUACCCCUGGGGUGCUAUACAGAAAAUCUCAUUCAACAGAAGACGGUUCAGCGUGCAGCCACGGCCAGACCUUGGCCAGAUUAAACCAGUGAAGCUGAACUUCUACACUACAUCCUAUAGGAAGGGCGAGUACCUGCUGAAGUUCUGUACAUCACAGCACAGCUUCCUACUGAAGAUACGCACAAGACUGGCCGCACAUGAUGGACUUACAGAUCUUAGCCAAUCAGAACAGAUGAGUAUCGGCGAUACAGAAGACAUGGGUAGCGUCCAUUCUGAAGACGAUCACCAGACGAUUACAGAGGAUACCCACAGUAGGAGUUCUCAGGUUCUUCAGGACUUUGAGCCGUUGCAGGGAGGGUUUGCUGCCACAGACCAUGUGCCACAGAAACAUCCGGCCGCCUACAGGCACCCUCCGCCCUAUCAUCCAGACUCAAGUGUCAGCAUGAUUGACCUGCCUUUAGCUGCACGUGCAAAUGGCGCCGGGCCAUCCCAAUACUCUCAGCAUGUGCUACAUAGCGACCUGAACCUCCAUCCGCCCCGCCCCCCUGAUGGGAGCAAUGACAGGGUCAGGGAGGGUGAAGAAAGAUCACAGUGUGAAAGUCCUGUGGAAUUAGUCUCCCAAGAGGGUCAAGGUCAAUAUAAAGAUUCCCCUGCUUCAAGGGGUAAAAAAUCUGCCAGCCCCAGAGUGGUUCAGAAAAAAGAUAGAGGGAGCCCCCGUAAUUCAGAGGGUAGCGGUUCAGCGAAGGCAUGUGGAGAUGGAGAAGUGAACGAGGAUGAAAUUGAGGCACAGUUUGUGAAACCUACGAAAGCUUAUGUUAUAGAAACAAGUAUUCACUCCAUGGACCAGACUCACUGCCCCGUCUCUGGAAACAACAACGAAACAAUUAGCCAAACCCUGAACCAGCGCUUUAACGAUGAACUACUCUCCCCUGAACAUGUAAUGUGUGAUCGAAACGUGUUUGAGAUAAGUCUUACGAAGGACCCUGUAUACGGUGUUGGAAUAUGCAUCGUAGGGGGAGCUGGUAAAAAUCUCGGCGGAUUUUUUGUAAAAUCUCUGAUAAAGGAUAGUCCGGCUUUUUUGGAUGGUAGGAUUAAACCAGGUGAUCAGAUUUUAGAGAUAAAUGAAGAAAUUCUCGGUGAUAUCGAACAUCAUGAAGCAGUAAGAAUGAUUAAAGAAUCCGGAGAUAUUGUGAAAUUUUUGGUAUCCCAGGUUAAACCUCCAGGCUCGAUAAAACGGAAAGAAUUCGACGAAGAUGCGGAAUUUCAGUGGAAGUUGCAAAAUUCAAUAGAAUCGGAUAAAGAUUUCAGGACAAAUAUGAAUAAAUUUAGAUCUGACAGCCCUGAGCCUAGUGUAUCUCAGUUGGAAUUACAAAACUCCAAAGAAUCUGUUGGAGAUUUCAGGACAAAAGAAUCUGUCGGAGAUUUCAGGACAAAAAUGGAUAAAUUUAAAGGAGAUAGUAGUUCAUUGGAAAAGGCUGACAAACCUGUAUCUAGUGUACACAGUAACAUUGAUGUAAAUAAUGAUACUGUUAAAACGGACGUAAAAAAUGCAUCCAAAAAAAGUGGAAAAGACAAAAAACAAGAAAAAAUCGUUGAUGUAGAUGGAGAAAAUGAAAGCAUUCCAGAAAGUGAGAGUGAGAGAGAGGGAGCGGAGAAUGUUUUCUCGGCAACCAUAGAAGCACAUUCCACGCUAUCUUUGGUAGACUCAUUAAAAAGUGAGGCAGGGGGGUCAGAAACGUCGGCUGACAGGCACUAUAAAGAACAACAUGCAGUGAGUGAGGAAUCGGACACUGACUCUGACUUCGAGGAUGUGUGUACCGCUGUGAUUGACAACACAUAUACCCCGCCUCUCAGUAGGGACACUCCGCCCACUCAGGACUUGGGGGAGGGGCCUGGGGAGGAGUUUGAUGUCUUCCUGGAGAAAGUGAAUGGCAGCUUUGGACUGCAUAUCUCAGGAGGUGUGAACACAACUGUUCGUCAUGGUGGUAUAUAUGUAAAGUCUGUUGUUCCUGAUGGGGCUGCGGACAGAGAGGGAUUCAUAAGAAAAGGAGACCGCAUCCUUGAAGUGGACAGUGUCUCAAUGAUGGGACUCACACACAAAGAGGCUGUAGAGACCCUCUGUCAAGCCCCACCAUUCUCACGCCUCAAAGUGGAGCGUACCUCAUUGCUGGCGCAACCCUUGGGGACAGCGGAGGGGCCACAGGGGGAUGUGGGGAGUGAUGGGGGACAACAGAGGAUGAUUGAAGUAUCAGCAAAGGGAGAUGAUGAUGUGGAGGAUCUGUACAGCUCCUUUGUUAAUGAAUACAACUCCUACACAGUCGAUCUCACCAAGGGAAUCUAUGGCCUGGGCUUCAGUACAGUUGGAGGCCAGGUAUCAAGCCCAGAUAUCCGUGAACAGGUGGUACGCAUUAAGCGGGUUUUCCUGAUUGGCCCCGCUGCUGACGCCGGGAUUUUACACUCAGGUGAUGUGAUUCUAGCUGUAAAUGGCGAAUCUGUUGCUGGGCUAUCACAUAAGGAUACAAUGUCAAAACUGCGAAGUGCCGGUAAACAAGUUCAGUUGCUGAUGUGUAGACCAGAUCCUAUGCAGUUACCUCCCUUAGCCAAUACGGAUACCGAUGAGUCCCUAGUUGUAACACCAAAUGGUAGUGGAUCAGUCCAGUCAAACACUGACAGCGAUUCUGACAGCGAAGUGGAGAUCACUCCAAGAGGCGAACAUCUUACAGCCAACCAUAGCAAACCUGCCCAGCAGUCACACGAUUUAGCCAAUCAUUUAGGAGAUAUUGUUGACAACAGUGACAGUGAUGAACAAGAUGAUUGUGAUGGUGAUGGAAAGGCUCACAAUGAUGUAGAUGAUAUCGAUGAUGAUUCGGAAAGUGAUGCUGAUGAAAGUUAUGCAUCAUCCAAACAAUCUAGCCUCGCUCCGCCCCUGCCAAUAAGCCCCCCACCCACAAUGCUGAGCUCAAUGGGUAGUGUAGAUUCAGAUACCACUGGGGGCGUGGCUAUAGUUGUUGGGACGGCGGAUGAGGAGGAGAGUGAGGAAGAGUCUGACCCUCCCAGAGGGGCUGGGCUUCAAGUCCAGAUGGGUGUGGCUGAAUUGAUUGAUAGCUGCCACUCUGAGAUGAUUGUCAUUAAUAAUGUUAAGAACUUGAAGCAAGGAGCAGCACUGAAUACUAGUCUUAUUGUCAGAGAAGAUUCAGCUGUUUCUUUUGACAAUAUUUCAAGGGAUGAUGAUGUAACUCCUGUGACUUUUGAAGGGGAUGAUGUUGAAUCAAGAGAUGGAACACCAUUUGAUGAAAGGGAAAGUAUUCUUGGACAGACUGACGAAGUGUCAGAAUUUGACAAAAGUAUUGCUAAGUCAGAGGUGGAUGAAGAGAUAGUUGAAGCAGCUCAAGAUAGUGGUGAAAUGUCAGAAAAUGUGAUCGAUUCCUUACAAGACUCUGUUGUUGUUGAGAGUUUAGCAGACACUGCCCUGUCAGACUUGAAGAAUGAUAUCGAGUCUGAUACUGUCAAUAACUUGUCUAAAUCUAUGGAGUCUACCUCAAAUAGUGAAUAUAAACAUGUAUCAGGUAGUUUAGGACCCGAAGACACCGAGAAAGCAUUAACUGACCUGGGUGUCGAAGCGGUUGGAACUUUUACUGUAGAUAAUGCGCAAAGUAGUGUAAUAAAAGUGCUAGAUGAUCCUAAUGGUGAGCUUUGUGUAGAAAAUGACAUUGAUGUACAAUUUGAUUAUAAAGAUGUGCAUGUUGAAAAGUCUGAAAGUGAACGUAAUAGUUCGGAUGAAAGUGAUUUUGAUGAUGAUGAUAUUAGGAGGUUAGAAAAGAAAUAUUUGGACAUUGAACAACAGGAGGAGUUGGUAAAUGAAUCUGAAAAUGAUGAAUAUGAUAUAAGUUUUAAUGAUGAUGUUGUUGGAACAACAAACUUUUCUACUGAACAAGAAGUGGAAAUAAGUUAUGCAACACUUACAGACUCGGCAAGCGAACAAAAAGAAGAUGAUGAUGAUGAUGAAAGUGAUACUGAUAAAAAGAAGAUUGUUAGUGCAAGUGUUAAGAAAUUAUUAAGUGUAGAAAGUGUUGGAGAUAUUGAUACAAGGUUAAAAGAUGAUUCAAUAAAUGAAAUGACAAGUGAAAAUGAACCACAUUGUGAUGUAGAUAGUGAACAUGUAUCUGAUGAAAGUGCAAUAGAAGUUAAUGAACUAAACAAAGAUGAUGAAGAAGUUUUUGAGAGUGAUGUUGAUGAUGAAACGGAAUCCAAUGAUGAGUCUGAAGACUCUGAACAAGGAGAAUCAGCAGUGAGGGAAAAGGAACCCUCACAGCUUGCAGGAGAAAUGCCCCUUCAGCCUGGUGAGUUCCUGGUCAGACUAAGAAAACCUGGUACAGGAGAACUGGGUUUCAAUGUGGCUGGCGGGGCAAACACAACCGGGGGCUGCUAUGUAAAAUCCAUAUUGCGGGACCCCGCUCUCUCUGACGGGCGCCUUAAAGCUGGGGACAAACUAAUUAUGGUCAAUGAUAUUGACAUGCGUCCCUUGAACCAUUUCGAGGCGGUGUCCGUUUUACGAGAGGCUACAGAUGACGUAACAAUUCGUGUAUUUCGGCAGGAUUUGGUCAUGGGUGACUUCGGACAAGCUGAAGUCGAGAAACUGUCCCAUGAUCUACAACAAGAACUUGACAAACAACAGCCAAAUUUACCAAGCUUAAGCACCAAGACAGCUUUUGAAAGUGAGGAUGAGGAGAUAGAUGAAGACUCCAGCAAACAGCAAAUAUCCAAAUCCUCACCCCCUCCAUCUGACCCCGAGGAUUCUGAAUCCCAACCAGAAGGAGACCAUCUUUUACAGGACCUUAUACAGUCCCUAGAGGCCAGUAGGGAUCAGUUUGGGGCUGGGGUCCAAGAAAGUGGGGCUACUAGUCCUAGAGGGGAGAAUCUAUGGCAGGACAGGGCCCAAAGGCUUGACAUGCCUAGUCCUGGUAGAGCUCGUUCUCCACAGACUGCUGAGACAUCAGUAUACCAGAUUGACCUAGAAAAGCCUACCAUUGGUGGCCUUGGUAUCAGCCUGGUGACCGCAGAGAGUCGUAACAUGACGGGUGUGUUUGUGAAGACUAUUAUGCCUGGUGGCGUGGCUUAUGACGAUGGCAGGCUGCAAGUAGGAGACAAAAUACUCCAGAUAAAUGGGGAGUCACUUGUUGGAAUGACCCACACGCGGGCCGCUACCAUCUUGAGGAACUCCCAGGGAAAACUGUCCCUCACAGUCUCAAGGAACAAGUCAAGAAAUCCAUCGUGGCUUGAUGAAGAUUCGGCAAUUGAAAACAACCAACAGAAGUACAACACAGAUGAUGUAGGAUCCAGCUUCGAUUAUGACAUUUCCGAUCUCAAUGACACGAGUUUAUCCAUCACUAAACAUGUCCCAGCAGAUAUUGUUGAUGAUUCAGUUGAUGAUCUGGUUGCUGAGGCAGAAAGAAUACUUAACCAUAAUGCUGAUUCUGUUGCAAAAGAUUUGGAAACAAGCGAUGAUGAAGAUGAUUAUGAUGAAGUAUUAGGUGAUGAUGUUGAUAAUGAUAUUAAUGAUGAUGAUGAUGACUUUGAACCACCGCCUCUACCUGAAAAACAGUCGGUUAAAAAUUCACUUAAGUUCUUAUCAGCUACAGAAGUUAUUGAUUAUAAACCCGAUGAAAUAAUACUUGAAUCAGAAGAUAAUGAUAACAGUGUUACUGUCGAGGAUGAUGAUGAUAAUGAAUUUGAGAAACUCAUCAAAGGUGGUAGUGAUAAAGAAGAUGAUAAUGACGAUGAUGAUGAUGAUGAUGAUGAUGAUGAACAAUUUUAUGUAAUGAAAAGAUAUGACGAAUCUCAAUGUUGGUGUCAUAAUUUAAGAACGUUGGAUAUAACCGUGCCAGACGAAAUAACGGAAGAUUGGUUAUUUUCGUUGUCCCUAGUAACAGUCCCUGAUGGUUCAAAAUCAUUAAUCCCUGUGUUGAUAUCAGACUUGCAAGAAAAGAUAGAGUUAGGCGAUCCACAAGCGGAAUUUAAGCAGCUUAGAAAUGUUCCAAUCUCAGACUUUUGUGAGGCUGCUUUCUUGCAGCCAAACAGAGGGAAGAAUAGAUUCAGAAAUGUACUGCCAUAUGACAUGAACCGUGUCCUCCUUACACCAUCCCCAGAUGCGGACACAGACUACAUCAAUGCAAGCCACAUACAGAUUGAUGUCCGAGGCAGCGUAGGGGACUAUAUUGUCUCCCAGGGGCCCCUUCCUGAGACUCUGGGGCAUUUCUGGCAAAUGAUAUGGGAACAAAGGGUCACGGUCCUGGUCAUGCUGACCCUUGAUAAAGAGGGAUCAAAGGUCAAGUGUCACCGUUAUUGGCCGGAGAGUGCAGACACACCGUUGGAUAUCUGUGAUGGUGAAUACCGCCUAAGCCUGCUGUAUGAAAAUGAGCUUGAAGCGUUCACAGUGCGCAGUGUGCUGAUGGAACACGUAGAAAGUGGUGACACUCGACGGAUCUAUCAGCUCAAUUACACAGCCUGGCCAGACCACGGGGUACCACCAUCAGCCCUUCCACUGCUACAGUGUAUGCGACUGAGCCAUUUAUUACGCAGCGAGGGUCCAAUAUUGGUCCACUGCAGUGCAGGAAUCGGCCGAUCAGGCACUUUCAUAGCAAUCGACCUAGCCCUGGCCCAUAUAGAACGAGGACAGCCAUUUGAAGUUCCUGAGAUUGUGAGAGAGUUACGACGUCAAAGACAGGGAAUGAUCCAGACUAGGGAUCAAUACCUAUUCAGCUACACCGCAAUAGUUGAGGCUCUACUAGAAACCCCGACCUAGAACAAUCAAUGAUCAUGUAUAUUUCCCACAGUCUUACAAUACAUAUUUUCCUGACCCAUGACUAAGAAUGUGUGUAUUGGCGGCUUGCAAUCUUUAAAUGAGGGCUUACUAUGGUUGCUAAGUUAGGGUUUAUAUUUAUCUGACCACAAAGUAAAAGAAAUGUAAGGUGUUCUUUAAUUUAUCUGCCUACAAUGUAGAAAGCCCGCAAUGCUGAAUGUCUGUGAAAUUAGGGCUUUAUAUUGCUAAAAUCUUUCAAAUUAAUGUUCAUUAGUCCUAAAAGAAUAUUGCUAAAAUCUUUCAAAUUAGGGUUCAUUAGUCCUAAAAGAAUAUCGUUUGCUGGCCCUAUAUUUAUCCAUUAAUAUCUAGAAUGCUUGUACCGGUUGAUUUGUUAGAGUUGAAUCUACACUAGUCUGAAAUAAAAAAAGCUAUUCUUUCUGUAAAAAUUCUGAAAGUAUGGCCCCCAAAAAACUAGAUACAUGUAAAUGUACAAAUUUGGUCUGUUCUGUUUGUCUUUUCUCUUACUGUUUUAAAGUCAGGUUUUACAUGUCUUUAGCUAUUGUUUGAGCAGAAUCUGUCAAAAUCAUGUGUUAAGUAAAUAGGAUAGAUUUUUUGUAGUAAUUUUUUAUCAUAUAUACAUCACAGUAAUACUAUCACAUACAUUGUGGUAUCACAUACAUUUUGUUAUCACAUACACUGUGGGAUCACAUACAUGUUGGAUUUUGAAAUGCCAGUACUUUUUAUCAAUUUCUCAUACAAUUUGAAUGUAUAUUUUACAUUUCGUCAAAUCCAUUCAGUGCAAUGUUGUUUAUUUAUUUCAUGUGUUACUUUUAAUAAUGUGUGUUAAUUGGACUGUUGGUUAAUGUUAGAACAUUGUUUUAUUUAGAAUCACCAGAGCACACCUUUGUAUUUUAGCACAAUAUUUCAUAGUGCCGUUAAUUGCCGUUAUUUUACAUGUGACAUGCCAUAUGUUUUUUUAUCAUCACCUGGCACAGUUUUAAUAUUCAACGUUCGUUUUCUUUGAUAGCUAUUUUGACUAAAACCUGACCACAGAGGGAUUUUUAUGUCGAUAUUUUAAUGGGGAAUAAUUAAAAAAAAAAAUUUUUUUUUCUGUAUCAGAAUAUUUAAUUACCAAGUUUUAUGCUAGAAAGUACACAUUAUUUUCCACAGAAUGUGAUGGAAGGUAUUGCCUGCAUACUUUAGAUCAAAUUAAUGGAGUUAUUAGUAAUUUAUUUCAGUUUCAUUUUUUAUCUGUGUAUGCAACAAAGCAUAAAGAGUUUUAACCCAAUUUUUCUCACAAUUAUUCAACAGGGCCCUGUUUCAAUUAAGAUUGUAAGCCCAAAGGACGUAAAUUUCCAUGAAUAUCCCUGAAUUCGGAGUAAACUUCAUUUCAAUAAACAAUCGUGAUGACAUUUAUUGCAUAGAAUCUGGCCAUAACUUCAGGGGUGAGGUCAAGCUCUUUAAAUCAGUUUUAUGCUUACGACUAAGAUACCAUAAAUGUCUGUGUAUAGGACGCACUUUUCCCCCUAGAAUUCUGAAGAAAAAAAUGCCUGCUUCUUAUCUAUGGUUUUAGGCUUCUGACAAAUUUUUUAGAAGUAAAUUUCAAGCCGAAUUUGGCUUUUUAGAUAAAUCAAUGAACUAUCAAAUAUCUUUGAAAUUGAAAUGGGGCCCAACAUUUUAUUUAUCCUAGCAUAUUAGCUACAGUAAAAUACGGAAUAGUGAUCUGUCUUUGUUAAUGUCAUACUUGUACCUUUUCUAUAGCCAUACAAUCUUGAGUCUCAUUCUAACUUUAUAUUUAUUUUAAUAUACACCUGUUCAAGUAUUUAUUGUAGACUAGUUUUAUUUAUCCGUCCCUUUACAUUUUAAAUGUAGGAAACUAUUUUACAAUGCCUGCCUGUCUGUCUGUCUGUCUGUGUAUUUAAUAUACAUGUAAUGUUCCUUGUAGUAAUAUACAUGUAUCUUUAUUUGUAAACUACAGUUUACUUGUAAUCAUCUUGUCUUAAAGAACUAAUUGUUGAAAAAAAAACCUUCAUUGUGUAAUGUUUAGAAAAUUCCAUACAUUAUAUAGUGAUAUUUUCUAGCAGCUAAAGAUAUGUAUUGUUUUGUAUUUUACCUUUGUUCAUAUUUUUAAGCAGUUGGAAAAAUUAAUAAAUGCAAUAUUCUUACAAGUAAUACAGAAUAGCCAAUACUCGGAGAUCCUUUUUUGCUGUUUUACUAUUCUUUUGUUAAAGAUUUUUCUUCAAUUUAGACUUGACCCUUAUCUUGUCUUGGGUAUUAAACAUAAUUACAACAAUAAUCACAACUGACAUUAUUUUGUCUGGAAAUAGAAUUGUUCAAUUUGUUUGAUCGGCGAAUCCUACAUUUUAGACACUAAUAACGCUUUGAGAAAGACAAAAUAAGUGAUGUGUCAUUUCUAACAUCAUUUUUUUCUUGGUUAAACAUUUUACAAUGUUUCAUUGGGCAGAUGUUUUUGAUUACCAAGAUAUUGUGAGAUGAUAUUGUAUAUUUCUGGGAAGUUCCGGCUUAUUUAAAUGAUUAUCUUGUACUUCAAAGAUGUUAGGGAAACUAUUAUUUUUUCAAUGAUCUCUAUCUUGAAAGUCUGUCUUAAGCUAAUAAGCUGAAUGACCAUCAAUCCUGACUGUUAUUUAUAUGUUACUAUUAACUGUUAUUUUAUCUGAAUGUAAAAUUGCACUUUUUAGAAUAAUGGUCUUUAAUUACUUUGUAAUAUGAUAAAAUUUGAACGUUUAGUGUGUUUCUAAUAUUUAUGAAUAAUAUUUAUAACCUAGUCUCUAUGUUCACAAGAAGAUAAUACAUAUACUGUGAUAUAUCUAUUUAAUAUAUGAAAUAGUAGUAAAUACUGAUAGUAUUCCUAUUUAUUUUAACAGAAUAUGAUUUUCAUGGAUAACGCUUCCGCUGCUGAAAUCUCUUUAGCUUUCUUUGAUAGGAACGUCCCCAGAAUUCUUCACCAUGAAUCAUGCAAAUUGGCCUGAAUCGCAGUAGUACAUUGACAACUUUAGUGACGGUGCCUGACCGAAGAAGACAUUGAUAUUGUGAUCUGCAAUUGCUGUUUAAAGCAUUUCAAGCCUUACAGUCUUGUAACAUCAAACUUUCAAAUAUCACAUUAUGUACAUUGCACGUUUUUCAUGAGUAUAUAACUCAUACGGACUGAACAAUCUUAUUCAUAAUGAGUCUUCACCUAAUUGCAUAAUAGUUAAACAUAUACAUCACAUUAGACAUGAUUUGUAUUUACCCUCAUACAAUAUGUGUUGGAAUAAAUAUAUGUACCUGUUUGACAUGUAUAAUCACAACGUACAACCAUACAUUAGCGAACAUUCCUAGAAAUUGGAGUCCAUUUUAGAACAUACGAGUACAAUCAUUAUAUGUAUGGAAUAUCUGUUUUCGACUAAUAAAGUAUGUAAUCAACUUCA